UGUGGCAUAAGGGAACAUUAGGAUCUUCUUGGCAUCGCAAAAUCUCCUUGUUUUUUUGAAUGAGUUAUGCACCCAGAUCGAUGUCUCCGUGCACGAGCGUUUGCGGUGUGGUGCUGAAGGAACAGCUUCGUUGUAUCAAAGAAGCCGACCGCAGGAAUGUAUAUCAGGAUGUUUAAGCUCAGACUCCUCAAUGCCGUUGCCCCCGCCUACUUUUACACCGCAACAAUCGUAACCUUUGCCCUGCACUUUUGUCUUUUCAUACCUACUAUUUUCCAAUCUCCGGGUGCUCAGCUAAGCCCUGCAACUUUACUCCAUACUGCGAUUUUCCUGUAUCUGAUGCUGAAUGCGCUGGGUAACUAUACAAUGACGAUUCGACACCCAGCAGAGAGUGCGAAUGAAAACGUGAUUCCUGUGUGCUCGCCGGACUGCCCGGACAGGGUGGACGCCCAUUACCUCCUCAACGGCCGCCAUUUCUGCAAACUCUGCAAAAAAGUGAUCUUGAAAAGGGACCACCACUGUUUUUUCACAGGAAACUGUAUUGGCAACAAGAACAUGCGCUACUUCAUCAUGUUUUGCAUCUACACCUCGUGCACCUGUCUGUAUUCACUGGUACUGGGAGUGGCUUAUCUCACGGUGGAGUAUUCAAUUUCAUUCGAAAAUCCAUUGACCUUCCUCACUCUGCUACCACUUUCCACUGGCUACUUCUUCCUUGGCGCCAUAUCGGGUCUGCAGUUCUUCCUAGUGCUGAUGCUGUACGUGUGGCUGGGCAUCGGGCUCACCUGCGCCGGCUUCUGCUGCCAGCAGGUGCUGCUGGUGGCCAGGGGGCAGACCUGGUGCCAGCUGAGGCGGGGCCAGCUGGUGGAGGCGCGCGGCUCCUGGAGGGCCAACCUCAGCGAUGUCUUCGGGACCCGCUGGGCCCUGGGGUUCUUCCUGCCGGUGGAGACGGUGGAGGCCUCGCCCAGUCACGCUGCCCAUAAGCACGAGUGAGCCCCGCUCGCGUCUGCUCUGUGGGAUGGCCUGCCCGCCAGAUGAGUCCUCCCCCCACAGGUCUGCGCUCUGGUCUUUCUCAUCCGUCUGCCUUUCGAGUCAGGGUUUGCCGAACAAGUGAAGCACUUCUAGAAAAAUGGAAGAAUAGCAUCUUUUUGUUGUUUGGAAAUGUAUAUCAGAAGACAUGAUACUGUGGAUGCCUGCUCAUUUCCAUCUAGUUUGUUUGGUUUCUCUGGAUGUUUUUUUCUGUACAUUGUGUGACUGAAUGGGAAAGGUAAAACGUCAGCAGUACCAGAUAACCAAUAUGGGGCCUGAUCUUAGGAUAUAGGCACUCCGACAAGUUUAGCACUCUGACAUCUGUCAUAUACCUAAUGUCCAGUGUACAAUGGUUACAUGCUGUCAGUGCUGUCUCAUUCAUCCAGCUUUAUGGCCAAGUGGACUAGCAGUGGUAUGGGCCUGUAAUGUGGUAAGAGCACAUUAGUGUGUAAAUAUUCUUCUAUUAAACUGUUUAGUAGUCAUUGACGCAAUAUUGGGGGUGGUGAGGACGCGUGACAGACACACAGCUGUUGACGAACAUCUGUCAGUGUUAUAAAUGGGCAUUGUAUGUUCUCUGCUGUUGAAAAAUAGCACUGAGAUUCUUAAAGUAACCAUAAAUGUCUAUAUAAUGUUCUCAGUGCAGUCCAUACAGUUUAUUGAAGCACAAGCCACAAGUUUUGUUCUCUACCCACAACACGUAUUAGAUAUUUUUAAGCAAGGCAUCCUGGUACUCCUCUCAGUGUAGCAACUGCUUUCUCAGUUCUUCCUUUCAAGUUUAAUACCACUCCAUAUAAGCCACCUUGGAAAAUGGAAAGAGUUAUCUCCCCAACCACUUUAUUACACUAACUGAUAAAACAUUAUUAGGUUUUAUUAGGCAUUAACUAUGGUACAACAAGUAUCUCUGGGUCAGGAUACCUAAGACAUUUAGAAACUGUUUGACUGGACUGGAAGGAACUAACUGUUGAAAUAAUCUUUACUUUUAUCACAUUCCUGUCAGAUUAGAGGCCACAGUAAUGUUUUGUCACACCCCUAUGUUUGUAAUUAUUGUCAAGGAUAAUUUUUAUAUUUACUGAGGAGAAAAAUGGAUCUUUUGUCACUCCUGGUACAUUUCAGGGAUCACCAGUUUUCUUGUUGGGCUACUUGUAUGAACAUCUGAAAUGAAGCACGAAAUUCACUGAGGUGAAGCAGUUUGAUAAGCGCAUACAAUAUGUAGCAUAGCUUAGGAUGUUCUGUUGCAGGAAACACAAAGAGCCUGUUGGCAGUGUCUGGCUGGUACUGUAGAUGAAUGUAACUUUUCUAUAACUUCACCACAAAUCUUUCCAUGGCAUCGCAAAGAAUGUACUAUUUGGUAUGUUUAUGAGCAUGCUCAUUAUUGCACACAUCUAUUGAAACCUCUGUGUUUGAAGGUAGGGAAAUAUUUGCAGUGCGAAUAACCAGUUUGGGGAGGUGGGCGUAUCUAAGAAUCUGAAAAGGAUUGCAUUGUACUCCUGGGACACAGUGCUCCACGAUGGUAUUAAAAGAAGUUAGUUGUGGCUGCUGUCCACAGUUUUCCUCGAGUCUUUUGUCCGUAGUCAGGGACAACGAAAUGAAACUUAAUAUAUGUGCCACCCAAUUAAGAAUAGGGUCUGACUCUAUACAUAUCCUAUGUGGUGAAUGAAGUAUGUGUUGCUUUGUUGUACACCUUGUAGUUUUCCAUAACACAGAUAAGGCUUCUCAAUAUAUG